GGGGCCCCGGGCGUCCGACCCGCCGCUCUCCGCUGGCGGAGCUGACCAUCCCGGCAGUGGUCCUGGCUCGACCGUGAAAGAACAGCACAAGAAGAAACUUUUAAAGGCAUUGUUGAUUUGACUACGGCCCCGAUCCCCGAAAUCACAGGAAAGGGUUCUGAUAGUCGGUCAUACAGAGGAAGGCCUUGAACACGUGGAUUUUGGAGAAUCUGUUCUAAAAGUGUAAAAAGUGCAAAAGGAGAAAUACAAAUGUCUACCGCAAGACGAAAACGCAAUGUGUUAUGUUGUUUACCGUAAGCUGUAGUAAGAUGAGCUCAAUUGUUGACAGAGAUGACAGUAGUAUUUUUGAUGGAUUGGUGGAAGAAGAUGACAAGGACAAAGCAAAAAGAGUAUCUAGAAACAAAUCUGAAAAGAAACGUAGAGAUCAAUUCAAUGUUCUCAUUAAAGAGCUUGGAUCUAUGCUUCCUGGUAAUGCUAGAAAGAUGGACAAGUCCACUGUUUUGCAGAAGAGUAUUGACUUUUUACGCAAACAUAAAGAAAUCACUGCACAGUCAGAUGCUAGUGAAAUUCGACAGGACUGGAAACCUACAUUCCUUAGUAAUGAAGAGUUUACACAAUUAAUGUUAGAGGCUCUUGAUGGUUUUUUUUUAGCGAUCAUGACAGAUGGAAGUAUAAUAUAUGUAUCUGAGAGUGUAACUUCAUUACUUGAACAUUUACCAUCUGAUCUUGUGGAUCAAAGUAUAUUUAAUUUUAUCCCAGAGGGAGAACAUUCAGAGGUUUAUAAGAUACUCUCUACUCACCUGCUGGAAAGUGAUUCAUUAACCCCUGAAUACUUAAAAUCAAAAAAUCAGUUAGAAUUCUGUUGUCAUAUGCUUCGAGGAACAAUAGAUCCAAAGGAGCCAUCCACCUAUGAAUAUGUGAGAUUUAUAGGAAAUUUUAAGUCUCUAAACAGUGUAUCAACUUCAGCGCACAAUGGUUUUGAAGGAACUAUACAACGCACACAUAGACCUUCUUAUGAAGACAGAGUUUGUUUCGUAGCUACUGUCAGAUUAGCUACACCUCAGUUCAUCAAGGAGAUGUGUACUGUUGAAGAGCCCAAUGAGGAGUUUACAUCUAGACACAGUCUAGAAUGGAAGUUUCUAUUUCUGGAUCACAGGGCACCACCAAUAAUAGGAUAUUUGCCAUUUGAAGUUUUGGGAACAUCAGGCUAUGAUUAUUAUCAUGUGGAUGACCUAGAAAAUCUGGCAAAAUGUCAUGAGCACUUAAUGCAGUAUGGGAAAGGCAAAUCCUGUUAUUAUAGGUUCCUGACCAAAGGACAGCAGUGGAUUUGGCUUCAAACUCAUUAUUAUAUCACUUACCAUCAGUGGAACUCAAGGCCAGAGUUCAUUGUGUGUACUCACACUGUAGUAAGUUAUGCAGAAGUCAGGGCUGAAAGACGACGAGAACUUGGCAUUGAAGAGUCUCUUCCUGAGACAGCUGCUGACAAAAGCCAAGAUUCAGGGUCUGACAAUCGUAUCAAUACAGUCAGUCUCAAGGAAGCACUGGAAAGGUUUGAUCACAGCCCAACUCCAUCUGCCUCUUCCAGAAGCUCACGAAAGUCAUCUCACACAGCGGUCUCGGACCCUUCCUCAACACCGACAAAGAUCCCUACUGAUACUAGCACUCCUCCCAGACAGCAUUUGCCAGCUCACGAAAAGACGACACAGCGGAGGCCAUCCUUCAGCAGUCAGUCCAUAAACUCCCAGUCUGUUGGUCCAUCAUUAACACAGCCAGUGAUGUCUCAAGCUGCAAAUUUACCAAUUCCACAAGGCAUGUCACAGUUUCAGUUUUCAGCCCAGUUAGGAGCCAUGCAGCAUUUAAAAGACCAGCUGGAGCAGCGGACACGGAUGAUAGAGGCAAAUAUUCAUCGGCAACAAGAAGAGUUAAGGAAAAUCCAAGAACAGCUUCAAAUGGUCCAUGGUCAAGGGCUUCAGAUGUUUUUGCAACAAUCGAACUCUGGAUUGAAUUUUGGUUCCGUUCAACUGGCCUCUGGAAAUUCUAAUAUCCAGCAACUUACACCUAUAAAUAUGCAAGGCCAAGUCGUUUCUGGUAGCCAGAUUCCAAGUGGAAUGAAUACUGGACAUAUGACCACAAACCAGCAUGUGAUACAACAGACUCUACACAGUACGUCAGCUCAGCAGAGUCAACAGAGUGUAAUGAGUGGACAUAGUCAGCAGACGUCUCUUCCAAGCCAGACGCCCAGCACUCUCACAGCCCCACUGUACAAUACAAUGGUGAUCUCCCAGCCUGCGGCCGGGAGCAUGGUCCAGAUCCCAUCCAGUAUGCCCCAGAACAGUACUCAGAGUGCUACGGUAACUACGUUCACUCAGGACAGACAGAUAAGAUUUUCUCAAGGUCAGCAGCUUGUGACCAAAUUAGUGACUGCUCCUGUAGCCUGUGGGGCCGUGAUGGUGCCAAGUACCAUGCUCAUGGGCCAGGUGGUGACUGCCUAUCCGACCUUUGCCACACAACAGCAGCAGCAGCAGCAGCAGCAGCAGCAGCAGCAGCAGCAGAGUUCCCAAGAGCAGCAGCUUCCUGCAGUUCAGCAACCAUCUCAGGCCCAGCUGACCCAGCCACCACAGCAGUUUUUACAGACACCUAGGUUGCUCCAUGGGAAUCCUUCCGCUCAGCUCAUCCUCUCUGCUGCCUUCCCACUACAACAGAGCACCUUCCCUCCGUCGCAUCACCAGCAACACCAGCCUCAGCAGCAACAGCAGCAGCAGCUUAGUCGGCACAGGACUGACAGUCUGAGUGACCCUCCCAAGGUCCAGCCACAGUAGCACACACACUUCCUCUCUGACACUAGAGAGGAAGGGGAUGGCCAGAAAGUCACUCAGAUGACAUACGGUUAGAAGUUUAGCAGUUCUGUGAGGGUAGUCUUGAGUGUUCCAGUUCCUGGAUUAGUUGGAGAUGCUGCCCAGUGCUACAGAUGUACAUUAAAUACCAGCCAGUGGGGGAUUGUAGAGACACAGCCAAUUGGACAGUUUCUUUGCCCAGAUAUUUUUUUGAUGGAGAAAGAGUAUAUUGCCAAAUGUUAACAAGCUCAACUAUCCUGACCUUUACCGAAUCAGAAAAGCACUGACAGUGUUGGUAGCUUUAGUGGUUCUGUGCCUGGUAUCAUGUUACAGAGGACACACCACUGCCAGGGGUUUGCUUAGAUUGCCAUGAAGAUAGUCCAGUAGUUAGUAGUCCCCACUCCAAACUCCCCUCCCUGCUCAGAUAAUGAUGGAUCAGUGAUUCCUUUCAGAAUGUUGUGCAGGUUUGAAUUCUCUGUAUAGACGCUAUAUAGAUGUGUGUAUGUCUGGAUGGAGGAGAGAGCAAACCUUUGCGCAGCAUGAAAGCAUUAUCUGUCCCUUACAGGUAUGAGUACAUUUCAUUAGAUUUUGACACCAUGUACAAACUGAUAACACCUCCUUUUCAUUUUGUUUACAACAUAAUUGUGUUCUAGUCACUUUUUCCAGGGCACAAGUCUUUUUGUUUGUGCUUUGGCUGUGGUGUCAGUUUGUUCAGUGAGAUAUAAUGUGCUGCUGGGAAUGGAUUUUUUUUUUCAGGUUAAAUUAUUGCUAUAUUUCUUUCCAUUUAUUCAGAAAUAUCCCUAUUUCAUUAUUUUAAUUAUGUUUGAAAAUAGAAUUGCACUGUUUUAUUUUGGAUGGUUGGUUGAGAGUCUGAUCAUGUAUUUUGAUAUAUUUCAUAGUUGGAAUAUUUAUGUAAAUGGUUUUCAACAAGCCUGAAAGUGAUUUCAAGAAUGUUUCAGUUAUAAGAGUCAAAUUUGCACACAGAACAUUUUAGGCACUUUUUAACAUUCUCAGUGGUGGGAAUUUUAACUUUUAGGAUUUGUUGGAAUCCUUUUAUUAUCCUUAAAAAUUUCAAUGCUUCUUUUAGUCAAAAUGAUUCAGGGUUAUUUGAGGGGGAAAAACCCAUAGUGCCUUGAUUUUAAUUCAGGUGAUAACUCACCGUCUUGAACUCAUUGUCUGGUUUCAGUAGCAGUUUUGAAACCUUAGUACAUUUUUAGCAGCAUGUGGGUCUCAGUGUCAUCUCCAGUUCCCGUGAAGACUGCUCCGUCUCAUGGGCCACCUGAGUAGUAUCACAGUUGUUAAUGUGAUCCCAAAAUUAUUUCCAAAUUCUUUCUUCCUUUAAAGCUAAGUAGUCCUUUAAGAAUUACUGGUAAGCACUUGCUCAGAGGAAGGGUAGGAAUUGCCUUUAACCUUUGUCGAACCACGACUGUAACUCACAUGCUUUCUAAACAUGAAUUAAGAUUUCAUCUGGCAAUAUCAUACUCUACAGGUAAUAUACUCCAACGAAGUUACAUAGAUUUUAAAAGGCUUUUUUUUAGAUUUUAUGGUACUAAUAAUGAAAUUUUCAAUUAUAGAACAAACGAGAAAUAGAAAAUAGAAUAUAAAAUAUUACUGGGAAAAGGGAAGACAAGUGUGGCAAUUUAGAAUUGACUUUAAAAGAAAGUGUGUACCGGGUGAGGCUGCUAAACAGAGGUUCUCAGCAGUGAAAAUAACCUAAUGCAGAAUUUCUAGAUAAGGGCUCUGGGGAACACGGAGUCAGGUAUCUGUCCUCAGCUUUGUUGUCAUCCUUACGUAUGUCUUUGUUUUCCUGUUUACCUGGCUGCAGUUAAGUUAGAAAGUUAGUGGUGAAAAAGAACAGAACCAAAGAAAAUUGGUACCUACCCUUCUGCAAAGAAUCGUGGCUAGAUACCAGUCAGUAACCGACAUAUCAGUCUUCUAGUUGACACUCACAUGGACACCCGAAGAGCGGGGAGAACACAUGUAUGUAUAUCAAGCUUAUAUACAUGUGAUGAAAUUAAUGUGAAAUAGAGCACCCACAUUGCUUUUCUCCCCUUCCAAAUUGCCUUCUUGAUCUUAUGCCAUUCCAUGUCAUCUGAGUUGUGCCUCAUUUACUUUUUGGCAAUACCUAGUGAUAAGGAUUUAGCUAACAGGAGAUACAACGUACUAAUUACGUAAUUCUUGUUCUCCACAGUUCAUCUUCCUGCUUCAAUGCAGUUGAUAAUGGAGCACCAAGCCACUAACUUAGGUGUCCUGUCCACGUGGAGCGCGGUGCUAGGCAACACUUGUCAGCAUCAACUGCCUCUCAGCUCCUUAAUUCUUGCUUUCCCUGAAGGCAAACUGUCCCUGUCUGUAUCCUACAUAUAUUCAGCAUUCUGAUGAAGGUUGAUCUGUUGCCUGCUCUUCAUUUCUAUAGCCAAAGUUGUUGACUGAAACCUAAAUCUAAAAUCUAAAUUAUGAAAAGAUACCAAAUAGAAACAUUUCUUAGCUUCUUAUAAACUUCCCCUACUCUAUUUCAUGGGGAUUCAUUUUUCUUUAAAAUUUGGAUUCUGGGCAGCACUUUUUAGUUAAGAAAUUGUUCAAGUGCGGGUCAGAUAGGUUCUCGUUGCCCUGCAGGUACCUUGCUCUGGGCUGCUUCUGCAUGGAGUGUUGCUGAUCGUAUGGGAUGAGAACAGUACAGCCCAGAGCCUAGACAUUGGAAAGUACUCCUCUUUUCUUCCUUAGAGUAGUAACUAUGGAGGGGGCUGGGGAGCAGAUGUGGUGGGUGGGGCUGCAUACAAUUGAGCACUACAGGCCCUUCCCCAAGCUCCAGCCUAAAUUUAGGGGAGCUUUAGAGUGCUGUGCUCUGCUGUCGCAUAGACAUGGCUUAGGAAUGUACUAAUAAAAGAACGCCCGUGCUUUUGAAUAGUUUGUGAUAGAAAACUGUGCAAACUAGUGUGUGUUUGAGUUGUGUGUGCUGUAGUUGGCCGUUGCCUUAAAGCAGUCUCUUGAAGUUAGUUGGGAGCACUGAAGCAGUCCAGCUGUAUAAAGGGCAUUGUGUGGAGGGAGAUGAGCCCUGUCCAAGCCUUAGAAAGGGACCCUAAAGUAGUUGUCUACAGAGGUAGAUUCUUUUCACUUGGAUAUUACUGUGUGCUUAAAAUGUUUCCACUACAUUAAGGCAUUUUUUAAAAAGUGGAACGCAGAUAGCAUUUCUAGUAUUAUUUUUUCUGUUUGGUGAUUAGUUUGUUGGUAAGCAUUUGUGUAAAACGCGUUCAAGCUUAUCACCUUUCCAGUACCUGUGGUCCUGUUCUUAGUACCACAGAGUUCACAUGGAAGGUAAAAACACUGGAUAUUAAUAUUGCUGAGGGCAUAUAGCCAGGAGUAAGCUGACUGGAACUCUUCAGUGGUGGAGAAGAAACAGCACAAAGGCACUUGCCAUUUUCAUAGUGAUUAGAGAAAGAAACUUUUACGUUUGUCUGGAUUGAGUGAACACUCUUCUAAGAGGAGCUUCUGAAGUAAAUGCAAAGGAAAAGAGUUGACUAUUUUUAUAGCAUAUUUAAUAUAUUUGUAUAUAACUAUGAGUGUAGUAGGAACCCUCCACCCGCCUCCCACUUUUCUAAUCCCCCUCCCCCCUUUGCCAUAGCCCUAGUACAGCCUCAUCCGCAUGGGUAAUGUGCCUAUUGUCAGCCUACCUACCAAAAGAUAGUGCUGCUGCUUUCUGAGACAGGUGAGACCAGACUCUCAUGCCUGGGGAUCCUUUAUGGGAGGAAUAGCACACACUUAGAUCAACAUACCACAGUCUAAAAGCAUCAUUUUGAAAGGUAAUAAAGCACUUUAUUGCAAUUAUUCAUUUAGAUAAAGUUUGUAUCUUAGGCAUUAACCAUUUUUAAAGGAUCCCCUAAUCAUCACUUAGGUGAAAUUAUAAAUGACACAUUUCUGAGAAAUGUUUAGAUCCAGUGAACCGUAGCAGGUUUAUGGGAGUGAUUUCAAGGUAGCCAAAUAAACUCUGACUUUUGUUUUGAAUGUCGUGGAGUCAGGAGAUUGUAGAUGCGUAGUUCAUUUAAACACUAUUGUAAACCUAUCUUGCCUAUUGUGUGGACACCAAAAGAGACCAAUGAGCCUGUUUGUUUUCAGAGGUCUAGGAAAAUAUGCAUCUGUCUUGAGUAGAUACACAGAACUAAUCUAUCAAUGGUUGGUAGUAAUAUUUUAGGAUACGGUAAUUUCAAGAAUUAUUGAGUGUUUUAAAUGUGCCCUGAAAUGUUGGCAUGUCAUUUCAGCGUUCCCACUUGAGUUGCUCUUGUAAUAUUUUUGCACAAAAAAGACUGAGAAUGACUGCUUUGGUUGAAGAAAACUAUAAUUUGGUCUUAUUUUAAUGUCUCCUGUGGAAACACCGGAGGUAAAUUUUGUUGGUAGAGUUACUAAUUCAGGAUAUUUCAAACAGUGUUGAAUAGCUCACCAGAAAUUACGCAAAAGUAUAUAUUUAAAAAUUAAAAUUCUUUUUUUCCACGUGA